AUGGUCAGGGAUGAACUAGAAAGGGAAAAAAUGGGAGCCAGAGCAAGCAAGAGAGCAUGGAAAUUCGAAAGAAAACUGGAAGAAGGUAAAGGAGGAAAAAUAGCAAAGAAAUGUUUGGAAGAAAUGAAAGACAGAUGGAAGAAGGAGAGGAUAAUAGGAAGAUGGGAGCAGGAGAGAAGGGAUUACUUGGAGGGUAUCGGUGUAGAAAUGGGACGGGAGGAGGGACUGACGGAGGAGGCAUUAGAAUACAAGGAGAAAGCGAAGCAAAGACAAGAAGGAAUGGGAAAGAUUAUGGAAUCGAAAUACAACAGGUGGUAUAAGUUUAUAAGGAAGGAAGGGAUACCGGAUUAUUUAAAGAAAGGCUGGGAGGAGGCAAGAUGGAGCAGAAUUGCAAGGUUUAGAUUGGGCAACGAGAUCAGGGAGGGACUAUACUGGGGAAAAGAGGAAGAAAGUGCAGGAUAUAUAAGGUCAGAGAAGGGGAGCACAGGACAAAAGGAAGGAAUGGAGUUUAGAGCGAAGGUGACAGUAGAGAAAGAGAUGCUGGAGAAACUGAUAAGGGAUCAAACAAAGGAAACACUGAGAGGACUGAAAAAGGAAAUAAAAGACCAGAGAGAGGAGAUUGAGAGCCUAAAGAGAAAAAUACGCAAGCUGGAACAGGGCGCGGGUAAAAGAAAGAGGGACGAAAGCGCGCAGAGCAGGGGCAGGCAAGACGAAAUAAAAUGGUGGUCCGACGACGAUGAGAGAAAUGACGACGAGAGAAGGAAGAAAAAUAUAAUAAUAAGGAUAGAGAGAAACAGAUGGAUGGGAAAGGGAACGAAUUGGGAGAAGGUGAGGCAACUGCUCUCUGAGGAACUGAAUCUAAAGGUAGAAAUGAAGAAAGUAAGCGUAAUAGGGCUGAGAGGAGAAUGGCUGACGAUGCUGGUGAGGCUGGGAAGUGAAAAAGAGAAAUGGAGGGUAUUAGACGCGAGGAGGAGGGCAGGGAGCAGACUAAAGGUUAAGAUGGACGAAGAUAAAUCCGUAGAAAGAAGAAUUAGAGAAGGAGAAGAGAAGAAGAAGAGAAAGGAGAGGAGGGAAGAAGACGGUAGGAUUACAAAAGGAUCAGAAGAAGAUGAGAUAGCGAGCGAGCUUGAGAAGAGCUUACUAAUAGAGACAGAAAAAGAAAAAAAAGAAAAAACAAAGGCCGAUAGUAGUAGUAGUAGUAGUAGUGGCAGUGGCAGUGGCAGUGGCAGUGACAGUGGCAGUGGCAGUGGCAGUGGCAGUAGUAGUGGUAGUCGUAGUGGCAGUGGUAGUCGUAGUGGUAGUGGCAGUGGCAGUGGUAGCGGUAGUGGUAGUCGUAGUGGUAGUCGUAGUGGUGGUGGUAGUAGUAGUGGUAGUGGUAGUAGUAGUGGUGGUAGUAGUAGUAGUGGUAGUAGUAGUGGUGGUGGUAGUAGUGGUGGUGGUAGUAGUGGUGGUGGUAGUAGUGGUAGUAGUAGUAGUAGUAGGAAAAAAGACAGACGCGGAGUCUUCUCGUUCAGACAAGGACGCAAUACGCUUUAA